AUGCUCCGAAGGACGGAAACGCUCGCUAGUGUUGUAGUUGUGCAAGCUGCUGGUGGAGACCACAUUGAGUUUUUUUUCUGGCAAGAGAGUAUGGAUGCCAAUGCAUUCAAAAAAGCUUUUGCAGAUCUUGGUUACAAACUAGUCGAACCAUAUCAGAAUCCUAAGGAGAUAUUUGAUGGAUACAUCCAAGGCUAUUUGACAUUGGGGAUACUGUCAUUCGGGUCAGAGAUCGAGAUGGUCUAG